GGUAGCUACUAGCACCAAUAACCUAGUCACAAUUCAGUGUGGCGUUUCAUUCUACGCGUUUCAUUCAGUUUUCUAUUCUCUUCAAAAUGGGUCUGAAAGAAUUUAAAAUAUUCUUUAAUAAUCCUUACAAAGUUUAUUAUGCUGGAGAAACUAUUAAGGCUCGCAUUCUUGUUGUUCUAGAUUCUCCCAAAAGAAUUCGAGGUAUAACUGUUAAAAUAAUAGGAGAGGCCAACACUGAUACAAGAGAAAACCAGCGACAGCGCACUCGUUGGAAAUUAAAGUCAAAUAAGAAGCGAGACGAUUGUUCCGAUCAUGAAGUAUAUUUAUCAAUUACUUACUCAAUUUUUGAAGAUAGCUCUGAUGUAGAUGAAGAGCUCGAAUUAUCACCUGGUGAACACCUUUAUCCUUUCGAGUAUGUUUUGCCUCCAGAUUUACCCAGCAGCUUGGAAUCUGAUUUAGGUCAUAUUAGGUAUAGAGUUGAAAGUACCAUUGAUCAACCUUGGAACUUUGACGAAGCAAUUAAAGAAACCAUCACAGUUUUUUCUAACUACGAUCUCAAUACAGAUUGCAGGGCUUCGGAAUCUGUAGUGGUAGAGGGAUCUAAAACCUUUAUCACAUGUAGCUCUUUUGGCUGCUGUUAUCCUUCGCCACCACUUCUUGUGAAUUAUUCACUGCCAGUUCGAGGAUAUGUGCCAGGACAGACGAUUCCAAUCAAAGUCAAUAUUAAAAAUGAAUCGGGGGUGGAAGUUUCAUCUGUAAAAUUGUCUCUCGAAAAGUGUGUGACACAUCGUAUAAAUAGGCCUGGUUCGGACAUCAGAACUAAUUGUAAAUGGACCACAGUAGCCGAAGUUAGCACAAGCCCACUCGAACAUAAUCGAAUCGUCAGUUUUAAGCAAAUUUUGAAAGUUCCUCCCCUACCACCCUCAAAUUUAAACCACCAUCGCAUUAUUGAUGUCAAAUACUCUGUAAUAUUGGAAGUCUUCGUCAAUGGAUGGUGUCGGAAAAAUUUGAAAAUUGAUACUCCAGUUAUCAUAGGGACCGUUCCCUUAUCCAAUUAUCAGUCUUUAGCGGGACCUCCGAAACAAAAUUAUCCACGAAAGGACCCUGCGGUUGGCUGGAAUUCAGUUACUUCAGUAGAUGCUAAAUUUUCUCAAUCAGCACCUAAUUCAUCAACAUCUUCGUCUUCUGCCCCUAACAUCAUACCAAAUUCAUCCACGACCGUCGAUGCAUCUGCAGAGGAUUCCUCUUUACAAUUACUGCUCUGGAGCACCAGGAGUAUACCCUACGUGAAAUUGUAAACAUUUACCGCACCAAACAAGAAAUGUGUUAUUUCAGGUUUGUUAGCUUCCUCAGACCACAAAGAGGAUUUAUACUCUUUACAAUUUCAGUCUUAUUGCUAACAAAAACUUACAGUGAACGUUGUCUUUUGACAGUUGCUGAAGAUCCGUAAAAUUUCCGCUUGCUGUCUGGAUUCCUAUUUCGGCUGGUGACGUGUCUCCAAGCUGUUACUGCUGGUACCUGUUGAGUCGAGUGUGGCGAACUCGAUCAGUUUCUUGUAGCUAGGCAGGUGCCUCUUCCGCCUGAUUGCGAGCCUCGUUCAAUUUUAUUUUUCCUGAGUUUUCCUACUGCUAUUCUACGUAGAAUAGGCCCUACUGAAUUUCAGACACUAGUUUCAAUAGCAGUAGUAUGGCUCAAUGUUUUCGGGCUGUCCGUAGUACAGUCCGGAGUUCGUUUUUUUAUGAAUGUUGUAGAUUUUUGUUCUCUUCGUUUUCCAGGCCUCCGUCACUUAUAAGAAGGGAAAGACUUUAAUGUUUCUCUGUAGAGAAUUGCUUUCCUUCGAAGUAUUCUUUAAACGGAUCCUGGCAGGAUCGCCAAAAUGUUAUGGUGAAAAGAUUAGAACUAACUUAGCGGCCCUAAUGCCCUUUAAUAUAUAGGCUGCUUAUCUAUUCAAAGGAGAAAGCUGUGGCUAUUUACAUAUUACAAGGCAGUCACUUCAUUUUUAUUCCAUAUGGAAUGCCAAAAGUACAAAAAACAAACUUCAAAUCUGAAGUAGAGCCAUUUUGAUGGAUACAAACUACUUUAUAGGAUCAGAUUGAUUUAUUUUUUAUAAGGAUAUAAUAUUAUAUAAAAGAAAAAUAUAUAAUUUAAUAACGAACUUUACCGUGAAACUGCUGUAAUAUUGUUUUUAAUCAUGAUUUAUCACCAGCUAUGAAACAAUCGUUACUGAAAUUUCAAUAAUGAUUAUUUCAUAGUUUAAGCUGAUAAUUAUAAUAUUUGCACUCUACUUAUAUUGAUCAAGCCUUUUUCUAUCAAUGACUUUAUAGAA